UAGUAUCAGUGAGAGCUACGCAUUUGCAGCAUGGCGCGCGACUCGUAGCAGCCUCCCAGUUUGGGAGGCAAAGCAACCCAAAGGUAUGAGCGGGAAACGGCGCGCGGAUCUGGGACCUGUCUCGGAGGGAAAGAAGAAGGGGAAGCGGGAGUUGACAGGGGAGUUCUCGGCCGCUAUCCGUGAGGAGUUGCUGAAAAAGCAGGUGGCUGAGGCCUGGAGCCGGAGGACUAGAUUCAGCCACGAUGCUAUAGUCAUGGAUCCAGAGCCUUUCCAUCACUGUGUGAUCCCAAACUUCAUCCAGUGCCAGACUUUCUUGGAAGGACUUCAGAAGGAACUUUUGGAUUUGGAUUUCCAUAAGAAAUGCAAUGAUUUGUACAAAUUCAAACAGUCAGAUGAUCUGAAGAAUAGAGACGAACUUCACAUUUCUGCUUUAAGGAAAGUUUUGUUUGAAGAUUUCCGGAGAUGGCUUUCUGACAUUGCUAAGAUAGACUUGGAAUCAACCAUUGAUAUCUCCUGUGCUAAGUAUGAGUAUACAGAUGUCCUGCUAUGCCAUGAUGAUGAACUAGAGGGAAGAAGAAUUGCUUUCAUUCUUUAUCUCGUUCCUCCUUGGGACAAGAGCCUUGGUGGUACCUUGGACCUGUAUAGUACAGAUGAACAUUUCCAGCCGAAGCAGAUUGUUAAGUCUCUCAUCCCCUCUUGGAACACCUUGGUUUUCUUUGAAGUGUCUCCAGUAUCCUACCACCAGGUGUCUGAAGUUCUAUCUGAAGGAAAAUGUCGACUGUCUGUAAGUGGCUGGUUUCAUGGCCCUCCUCAGACAAGACCUUCAAGCUAUUUUGAGCCCCUUUUACCUCGUAGCCCUCACAUUCCACGAGAUAGUGAAAUUUUGUUUGAAUGGAUUAAUCCAAUCUAUAUGGACAUUGAUUCCCAGGCUCAAAUUCAAGAGGAAUUUGAGGAGCGAUCUGAAAUUCUGCUGAAGGACUUUUUCAAGCCUGAAAAAUAUGAAGAGAUAUGUGAGGCUUUGGAGAAAGAAGAUCUAGAAUGGAGCCAACGAGGUCCCCCCAACAAAAGGUUUUAUGAAAAAGCUGAGGAAGAGAAGCUUCCAGAUGUCUUGAGGCACUGCAUGGAGUUAUUUCGUUCUGAGGCCCUGUUCUUGCUGCUGUCCAACUUCACAGGCCUGAAGCUUCAUUUCCUAGUCUUUUCAGAUGAGGAAGAUGAGGAUGAUGAGGAGCACACAGAAGAUAAUGAAGAAGAAAGCAGAAAGAUUAGCCAUGUUUCUUCCAAACCAGAAAACUAUCAAGAGGCUGGUGGCCACACAAGCCAGCAGAGCAAGACGGAAACAGCCCUACAACCAGAGAAGGAAAAGGCAAAGAAUAAAUCAAGUGUCCCCAAAUGCACUGGGGAGCUGAGGCAUUGGAAGAAUGGUCAUUACAGUCUAGUGCAUGAUACCAAAAAUACUGAAUUUGCCUUGGACCUGCUUUUCUACUGUGGCUGUAAAGGAUGGAAAACAGAAUAUGGUGGCUUUACUUCCUAUAUUGCCAACGGUGAAGAUGAAGAGCUCCUAACAGUGACUCCAGAAGAGAAUUCAUUGGCAUUGGUUUAUAGAGAUCGAGAAACUGUAAAAUUCGUCAAGCAUAUUAACCACCAAAGCUUAGAGCAGAAGAAAACUGGCCAGGACAGAACAGGUUUCUGGGACUUUUCCUUUGUCUACUAUGAAUGACUGGACUGUGCCAAAGGUAAAUGAAAGAGGAAUGCUUCGUUGGACCAGAAAGGAAAAUGGGACAAGAGCAUGAAUCAAAGCAUAUUAACAGGGUCUCAUACCAAUCAGGAUUUUUAAAGUUGUGUGCUGAGUAUUCUUUUAAUAGGGAAAUUUAUUAACCUGUCUUAAUCAGUCUGAAUCUGAAUGCUCAGCUUAGAACUCUAGUCUAAGGGACUUAUCUCUUGAUGUUUUUAAAAGGAGUAUUGGAGGGCUUCAGUUUUCCUCAUCAGUGCUUCAGUGAUUCUUUGCCUCAGUAGAACUGAAUGAAACUGGACGUGGCCAGUACUGAAUCCCGUUGUCCUUUCCAAACCACAUCAGUGCACAUUACUACAGACUCUGGGACCCUGUUUUUGCCAUAUACCUAUCAACAAGCACUUGAGCAAACAUUUAUUAAAUACCUAAUAUAUACUGUACUGUACUGUACUAUUUUCAGAGACUAGUUCCAGUCCUCAAGGAGUUCUUGUACAGGUAUAUAAAUAAAAGGAGUACAGAGGGAUGGGAGUGCUUUCUGCUUUGAGUUGGGUUUCUGGCAUGAUUUAAAUCUAGUAGUUCUUCUUGCUGUAGGUAUGACCAUUUGAUAUUGAAUUAGAGCAGGUGGUGGUCCUGAUCAAGGACGUCAUCGUCAUCAUUAUUAUUAUUAUUACUAUAAAGAAAUCCUGAAAAUA